AUGCCUACCGAGAGGAAAGCAAGCUGGCGUUGCAUUCCUUGUCGCACCGGAGGUGGCAGCCCUGCACCAGGGGAAGACAGAACUUCACAACGUUCCCUGCAGAAGCCUGCGGACUCCGUGGUCACCGAUGUAUCAGCCGAUUUACAACAUGGCAUUGCCACCGUCUUGGGGGAAAUUAAAGAACUUCGCGGUGACCUUGCGUCAGUGAAGUCAGAUUUAGCGGCUUGUAAGAACGGCAUCCAAAACAUCGAAAUUAAAUUCAACGAAAUGGAAUCUCGAGUGUCCUUGGCGGAGGAUAGGUUAACCCAAGUCGAAAAAAAAACGGAUCUUGUGGGUAAAUUGCAGGCCGACCUCAAUUCGGCGACGGCGGCUAUUUCUACCCUACAGCAGGAAAAUGAUGCUCGAGAACAAUAUUCCAGGAUGAAUAAUGUGGAAAUAUCGGGCCUGCCUUUCACAAAAGGAGAAAACUUGGUCAACAUUUUGCAUGAUAUAUACACUGUGGUGGGUUUGACAUUCAAAUCGGAACAUAUCGAUUGCAUACAUCGGGUGCGGCGCUUCCAAGUUGCCGGCAGCGUCCGCGGCGGAGGUAACGGCGACCAUAAUGACCGGGAUCGGUCGUGGGAUGUUCGUGCACCAGCCAUAAUCGUUAAGUUCACCCGGCGUAUUUAUAAGGAUGAACUCUUAUCGGCGGUGCGUGCGCGUAGGGGUAUCACAACCUCCUCCAUCAACCUCCCUGGCCCAGCUGUCAACAUGUACCUGGGUGACCACCUCACCCCGGCCAGCAAACUACUACUUAAGCGCGCGCGGGAGCUGAAGAGAGACAAUAAACUCGCGUACUUAUGGAUUCGUGAUUGCAAAAUUCUUGCCAGAAGAACGGAUACGUCGAAAGUUUUGGUGAUAAAUAAAAACUUCGACUUUAACAAAUUAAAUUGA